UCCUGGACCCUGAUCCGAACUCUGCAGACAUGCCGGGCCUCUUCAUCCUGACCGCUCUUCUGGUCAGCUGUGGACCUUUUGGUUCCUCCCAGCGAGUCGUCCCCCUCCGUCCUCCUCAGUUUGGGAGCGGAGUUCCAGUCAAGCCACAUUUCUUCCAAGAAUUAGUCAGAACCAAACGCCACUCAGCCAACGAGUUGGUCCGAGCUCAGCCUCACCUGGUUCAUGAUGUGGGCUGGCCGGAGAUCCACGACACGUUCCACUCACAGACCAAGGUGGACUCAGUGAACCCCUCACAGAUCAAGUCUUCUGCGAGCCAGGAAGUAGCCAGGACCUUUGCUGCAGUGGAUGGACGUCCUAAUGUGGAAGAUGUGAUGGAGCGUAUGGUUCAUCUGGCGGUCCCCCAGGGCCCAGAAGGCUACGUGGGACAUGAUGGAGCAGGAGACAUCUCUCAGGAGGCAUCUGGCCUUUAUGGAAUGGACACAGAGGACAGAGAGAGGGGAGAAGAAGGAGGAGAGGACCAGGAGAGGAGAGACGGAGAGGAAGAGUGGGAGACUGAGGAGGAAGACAAAACAAGAGGAGGAAGGACGGAUGGACACAAUGUCCCAGAAGUCUUAGACGUUAACCACACCACACCGGACCUGGAUGCUCUGAUCGGCUACACGUCGUCCCUCCACCCGUCCAAAGAGCUCAGCAGCUCCUCCCUGGGAGAAGACCAGGACUCAGGACUCCAGGAGCACCGUGGACCUCCGGUCCUGGAGGUGGAUCCUUCCGGCAGGGAGCUGUGGGAGGUGGAGAGGGACGGAGACGUUCAGUCGUCUGGCGGUUAUGGACUCCUGCGCUCCUCUGUCUCCGCAGCUCGAGCAGCGUCUCCGUCUCCUGCCGCUGCUCCCAGCACAGCUGCUCCAGAUGUUUCCAGAGAUGCUGGAACCGCCACCCCAGAGACCGACACGGGGACGGACUUUGGGGUGCUGGGAACGAAAGGUGAGACCGAGAAGGAAGAAUCGGGCGCCAUUACCCAGAAUCCCACAGUGCCAGAGGUCGGCUCGGCUCCCAGCAGGGAGCCUCUGCAGCCCGGUUUGGAGGAAGACCGGUGGGACCGAGGCCAGCAGAACCAGAGAGGAUUUGGAGGGAAAGACGUAAGAGAGGAGACGAGGAUCAAACAGAUGGUCCCGCUCACCACGGAUCCUUCUCCAACCGUCGGACUCACCGAGACGGAGCUGGAGGCCAGCCUGGAGGGGCCGAGGCAGGUGGUGUGUUUAAACUGGAGCGAACUGGCUGGGCGGGGCUACGUUGUCCUCAACAUGACCAAGAACAUGAACUGUGAGGAGUUUCGUGUCCUUCAGGGUGUCCAGCUGCUGAAGAUCAUCGAGCGGGUGUUUGCUCGGAGAAUGAACAGCCCCGAAGGAUCGUGGGUAAUUUACCUCAGCAAGCCGACGCACCAGCAGCACCAGCUGCUGAUGAACGUGGCGUCCGGACACGGUGUGAUCGAGACUCCAGAUGUGCUGGACAUGCUGGGAGAGAUCAGGAAAAGCCUCGAUAAGGUGGGCAUCCAGAACUACAGCGCAGCGACCAGCUGCCAGUCUCGGCCCAGUAAAACCCGCAGCGACUAUGGUAAACUGUUUGUGGUUCUGGUCAUCAUCGGCGCCGUAUGCAUGAUCAUCAUCACAUCUGGAUUCAUUUACAUCUGCUGGCAGAGACGUCUGCCCGCCCUGAAGACCAUGUUUCCCGCCGAGGAGCUUCGGUCUGUGGAGAACGGUUACCAUGACAACCCCACCCUGGAUGUGACCAACGACAGCCAGCCGGAGAUGCAGGAGAAGAAGCCAAGCACCAACGGGCUCGCAGCUGGAGGAGGAGGAGGAGACGAGGAGGACAACAGCCGCUGGCAGGCUUUUGUCAACCAGGCAGCGACUGAGGACGACGAAGAGGAGCAGGACACGCAUCUCUGACUGAUGAAGAGGAGGUUCCUUUCACUUAAAUAAGUGGAGCCCAAAGGAGAGAGUUAGAACGUCGGGGUGACGGAGGAGACAAAAUCUCUGAGGAGCUCAGCUGGAGGAGCUGCUGAUGUCAUCCAGAAGAUCAGAGACCAGUUUUAAACAACGUUGAGAUGUAAAAUGAAAACAGGAAGCAAUGAUUGAUAAAUACCAUAAACCCAUGUUUGAUACACAGUGGAGCACGAAGAACAAAUCAAAGGUUAAAACUGAGAAAUUGUAACAUAUGAAAAAAAAAAAAAAUGCAAAACAUCUCUUUAAAGUUGUUCCAGCUCCAUGUUCCCUCUGAGAAACAUCUCCUCUUCUUCUAACAACUGGGUGUGAACGUCCAGGAC